AUGACAAUAGAAGAUAUCAAAGCAGUACCUGCAUCACCAUCGGCAACACAAUUUAGGUUUAAAGUUAACAAAACUUAUCAUAACAGAAUGCACAUUCCCCGAAGGAAGGCUAUUAAUAACUUUUUUGAGUUUCAAAAAAAAUGCCUCGAAUUACAUGCAGAAUAUUAUCAAGGCAUCUCAAAUCUCCUAAAGGAAACUGACGUUUCAUCAUUUUUAGUAUCUCCCUCUCCAGGAGUUGAUCCUCUUCAUAUUAUCAAUGAGACGGGGAUGGUAAUUAGUGGUAUGAUAGCUCCAGGAAUGGGAGGAUAUUAUAGCAAUAAAAAACUAAAGAGGCAUGCGAGUGAUGACGUUGAAGCAAGUGGAGAAGAGGCAUAUAGUUCUGAAAAUCAAAAAGUACAAAAAAAUAGACGAGCACCAAGGCAAUUAUGGAAGGAUGAAGAGGUUGAAAGGUUAAAGGCCGCUCAUGAUAAAUAUAAUGGUGAUUGGGAGCUAAUUAUUAAAGAAUUCGAGCCUGAAAGAACUAGAAUUCAGAUCUUUCAAAAAGCUCGCCAAAUGGGCCUACGAGCGGUUGAAUCGGGAAAGCUAAUCGAUUUAUCGAAGCCAAAUUCUAUAAUUGAAUAUAAUAACGCGCAGUUAAUUAAUAACGAAGGAAUUGAUGAAGAAGGAGUAGAAUAUGAGCAAGAAAAUGUCGAAGCCGAUCCUUGGCAAGAUGAAGAAGACGGCAAUGAUG